AUGCUCCUAACACUGUAUGAGAUACUCCUAACCCUGCAUGAGAUGUUCCUAACACUGCAUAAGAUGCUCCUAACACUGCAUGAGAUACUCCUAACACUGCAUGAGAUGAUCCUAACACUGCAUGAGAUGCUCCUAACACUGCAUGAGAUACUCCUAACCCUGCAUGAGAUACUCCUAACCCUGCAUGAGAUGUUCCUAACACUGCAUAAGAUGCUCCUAACACUGCAUGAGAUACUCCUAACACUGCAUGAGAUGCUCCUAACACUACAUAAGAUACUCUUAACCCUGCAUGAGAUGUUCCUAACACUGCAUAAGAUGCUCCUAACACUGCAUGAGAUACUCCUAACACUGCAUGAGAUGCUCCUAACACUACAUAAGAUACUCCUAACCCUGCAUGAGAUGUUGCUAACACUGCAUAAGAUGCUCCUAACACUGCAUGAGAUACUCCUAACACUGCAUGAGAUGCUCCUAACACUGCAUAAGAUGCUCCUUACACUGCAUGAGAUGCUCCUAACACUGCAUGAGAUGCUCCUAACACUGCAUGAGAUGAUCCUUACACUCCAUGAUAUGAUCCUAACACUGCAUGAGAUACUCCUAACACUCCAUGAGCUGAUGCUGACACUGCAUAAGAUGCUCCUAACACUGCAUGAGAUACUCCUAUCACUCCAUGAGCUGAUGCUGACACUGCAUAAGAUGCCCCUAACACUGCAUGAUAUACUCCUAUCACUCCAUGAGCUGAUGCUAACACUGCAUAAGAUUCUCCUAACACUGCAUGAGAUACUCCUAUCACCCCAUGAGAUUAUCCUAACACCCCAUGAGUUGCUCCUAACACUGCAUGAGCUGAUGCUAACACUGCAUAAGAUGCUCCUAACACUGCAUGAGAUUAUCCUAACAUCCCAUGAGAUGCUCCUAACACUGCAUGAGAUGAUCAAAACACUGCAUAAGAUGCUCCCAACACUGCACAAGAUACUCCUAUCACCCCAUGAGAUGAUCCUAACACUACAUAAAAUGCUCUUAACAACAAUACUGCCUUAG